CCGGAGGGAGGAGCCCGAGCCGCCGCCGCCGCCGCCGCCGCCCGGCCCCGGGAGGAGGACCGGACCCGAGCGGCCGGGAGCGCACGCGAGCGGGCCACGGCCGCGCGGGCAGCGCCCAGAGCCCGUCUGGCGCGCGCGGGCCCGGCGAGCAGCGCAGCGCCGGGGGAUGCCCGGGCGGCCCGGGGCGCGGGCAGCGGCAGCCGCGUGCUGAGGCGGCGGCGCCCGCGGGACGCGCGACUGCCAGGAACUGCUGCUGCCACCGCCAACCCCCAUGGCCUACAUACCCGGCGGCGGGGCCGCGGCCGCGGGGGCCGCCCCCCUGGGUUCCCAGUACUGCGUGUGCAAGGUGGAGCUGUCGGUGAGCGGCCAGAACCUGCUGGACAGGGACGUCACCUCCAAGUCCGACCCCUUCUGUGUCCUCUUUACGGAGAACAAUGGCAGGUGGAUGGAGUAUGACAGGACUGAAACGGCCGUCAACAACCUCAACCCUGCGUUCUCCAAGAAGUUCGUCCUCGACUACCACUUUGAGGAGGUGCAGAAGCUCAAGUUUGCCCUGUUUGACCAGGACAGGUCCAGCACGCAGCUCGAGGAGCAUGACUUCCUGGGCCAGUUCUCCUGCAGCCUGGGCACGAUCGUCUCCAGCAAGAAGAUCACUCGGCCUCUGCUGCUGAUGAAUGACAAGCCCGCGGGGAAGGGCCUGAUUACGAUCGCUGCCCAGGAGUUGUCAGACAACCGGGUCAUCACGCUGAGUCUGGCGGGCAGGAAGCUGGACAAGAAGGACCUCUUUGGGAAGUCGGACCCCUUUCUGGAGUUCUACAAGCCAGGGGACGAUGGCAAGUGGAUGCUGGUCCACAGGACUGAGGUGAUCAAGUACACGCUGGACCCCGUGUGGAAACCAUUCACCGUGCCGCUGGUGUCCCUGUGUGAUGGGGACAUGGAGAAGCCCAUCCAGGUCAUGUGCUACGACUACGACAAUGACGGCGGCCAUGACUUCAUUGGCGAGUUCCAGACGUCUGUGUCACAGAUGUGCGCGGCUCGCGACGGCGUCCCGCUGGAGCUGGAGUGCGUCAACCCCAAGAAGCAGAGGAAGAAGAAGGGCUACAGGAACUCAGGCGUCAUCGUCCUGCGUUCCUGCAAGAUACACCGAGACUAUUCGUUCCUGGACUACAUCCUGGGCGGCUGCCAGCUCAUGUUCACCGUUGGAAUAGACUUCACAGCCUCCAACGGGAAUCCCCUGGACCCUUCUUCUUUGCACUAUAUCAACCCCACGGGCACCAACGAAUACCUGUCGGCCAUCUGGGCAGUGGGGCAGAUCAUCCAGGAUUACGACAGUGACAAGAUGUUUCCAGCUCUGGGAUUUGGAGCCCAGUUGCCCCCAGACUGGAAGGUCUCCCACGAGUUCGCCAUCAACUUCAAUCCCACCAACCCCUUCUGCUCAGGCGUGGAUGGCAUCGCGCAGGCGUACUCGGCCUGCCUGCCCCACAUCCGCUUCUACGGCCCCACCAAUUUCUCCCCCAUCGUCAACCACGUGGCCAGGUUUGCAGCACAGGCCACGCAGCAGCGGACGGCCACGCAGUACUUCAUCCUCCUCAUCAUCACGGAUGGUGUCAUCAGCGACAUGGAGGAGACCCGGCACGCGGUGGUGCAGGCUUCCAAGCUGCCCAUGUCCAUCAUCAUCGUGGGUGUGGGCAACGCUGACUUCGCCGCCAUGGAGUUCCUGGACGGGGACAGCCGCAGGCUGCGCUCCCACACGGGCGAGGAGGCAGCCCGGGACAUUGUGCAGUUCGUGCCCUUUCGGGAGUUCCGCCACGCAGCAAAAGAGACUCUGGCCAAAGCUGUGCUGGCAGAACUGCCCCAGCAAGUUGUGCAGUAUUUCAAGCAUAAAAACCUGCCCCCCACCAACUCGGAGCCCGCCUGAGCCAGUGCCCCGCGCCCAGCAGCAGCAUGCCGGCUGAGCCUCCCGCCCUCCUAGGAACGUGCACGCUCGCCCUGCUUCCUUGUGGGUGGUCUUUUUUUACGGAUCCACAUUUUUAUUUUUUACAACCGGACCUCCACCCCCAGCUUCCCCAGCCCAGCUGGGCUUCCUCGUGGGAGUCGACAGAUGAUGCUUCCAGGCCAAACCGGCUUCCUCUCCCCUCCCCCCGCCACUCUUAAGUAUUGAAUGUACUUUGUAUGAUUUUAGUGGAAUUAUUAUUGUUAUUAAAGAGAAUAAAAUUUUUACAAUUAUAACUGGCUUUUUCCAAGUAACUAGCUGCAGAGAGGAAUGUGUCCCUGGUGCACACUGUGUCGUGGCCUGCUGUUUUUACACUGUGACUGUGUCCUGUUUGUUACACUCAGGGUAAUAAAGGAGUUUUAGAUGUU